CUCGAUUCUCGAUUUCAACCCCAUACUCCCAACACUGAAGGCGCAUCUCCAUCUCCCACACUCACUCAACGCACCAAACAAACACCCCCCACCAGAAACCUUCUCCACAACCCUCUCUACCCAAUAAUGCUAUGCUAAGAAUUCUCCGCACCGCUCUCCGUACCGCAAUGACCAACCCCCGAGUCCCCAUCCCCGCGAACGGGGUCGACUACCGUGGCGUCGUGGCCCUCGCCCCGAUGGUACGGUCGGGCGAACUGCCCUCUCGACUGCUGGCACUGAAAUACGGCGCCGACCUAGUCUGGGGACCGGAAACCAUCGACCGCGCGAUCGCCGGCGCCGUCCGUCGCGUGAACCCCCGCAACGGCACAAUCGAAUUCACCCGUACCCCGUCGAACGGCGGACGUAAGGACGACAAGCCAAUCCAGGAGAACGUCAUCUACCGCCUGGAUCCUGUGCGCGAGAAAGGCAAACUCAUCUUCCAGAUCGGCACCGCGACGCCCGAGAUCGCCGUCGCGGCGGCGAAGCUCGUCGCGGGCGAUGUGGCCGGCAUCGAUGUCAACUCCGGGUGUCCGAAGCCGUUCAGUACGAGCGGGGGCAUGGGCGCCGCGCUGCUGAAGACGCCGGAUAAACUGGUGGCGAUUUUGGAGUCACUGGUGCGCGAGGUCGGAACGCCGUUCCAGAUCGGCAUCUCCGUGAAGAUUCGCAUCUUGGAUAAGCCCGAGUUGACGGAGGCGUUGGUGUCGCGGCUCGUCAAGACGGGGAUCACCGGGUUGACGGUGCAUUGUCGGACGACGCCGAUGCGGCCGCGCGAGCGCGCGAUCCGCGACCAGCUACGGAUGAUCGCGGGGAUUUGUCACGAUGCUGGGGUGGCGUGUGUGAUGAACGGGGAUGUGACGUCGAAGGACGAGGCGCUGGCGUUCAUGAAAGAGUACGGGGUCGACGGGGCGAUGAUUGCGACGGCUGCGGAGGCGAAUUCGUCGUGCUUUCGCACGGAGGCCGAGGGCGGUCUGUUGCCUUGGAAGGAGGUCGUGCAUCAGUACAUGAAGUUCUGUCUGGAGUCGGAGAACCGGUUCGGCAACUCGAAGUAUCUUCUCAACAUCCUCGUCCCGGGAAAAACCGAGGAGGGCAAGAUUGCGAAGGCCGCGAGGUCGUACGCCGAUGCGUGCCAUGCGUUGGGCUACGACGAUCUGAUACCUGCUGCUAUGCGCGUGGACGAGAUCCUCGACCUCACUGAUAAGUCGGUCACCACCAAGGGACUCAACCUCCAAGAUGCCCGCAGCAAGGCCGUGCAGAAUGCAAUCGAGAACAAUGAAUCUGCCCGCGCGGCGGGCGGUGCGUCCAGGUCGAAAUCUACCUCUCCCGCUGUCAGCAGAGGCCCUAUCCGCACCAACAACAUCCCCAUCCCUACCAAGUCGAAGCCUCAAGAAACCGAACCGGAGGUAGAUGCUUCUAUCCCCGCUCCUGAGGCCGCGCAGAAGCAGGAAUUGGCGGCCUAGUUCUCUACGGACACCGAUAUUCUGAUCUUCUCACUGCUGAUGUAAUGAGUUCGUUGAUGUGCAUACUUUUUCUUGCUGUUUCUUAUUUUUUUUUCUCUCUUCUUUCUUUCCUUUUAUGACCACUCCUUCUACACCUUGAUCCUCAAGUGUUGCAUUUAUCUGGUGUUAAUUUUUUUUCUCUUUCCUUCCUUCUUUGGAUUUGGUCAAGUCUUUGCAUUUCUUAUAGAUUCCCACGGCGUGGAGUGUUCAUGAUAGAAGGGAGGAGCCCAUCCUAAAGGCUACAUACAUACAUAG